AUGUCAAUAUUAGCGAGUGUCUUCAGGUGCCUGUGUUUGUGUAUAGUGCUUGAAAAAGGAACAUGGUAUCCGAACUCGAAAUCAUUAAACAAAAAUAAAAAUCGUGCCAUACUGAGGAAGUCUAGUGAAGUGAAAAGUAAGAAGAAUGAGAGAAAUCUAAAUAAACCAGAGUGGUUGAAAGAAUGGACUAUCAGUAAGGGUUGGGUACAUAACAAGAGCCAUUUGCUUGACUUAGGACGCAAUAAUUCUUCUGAGAACUUGGUGAUAGUUGAAGAAACACACGCUAUUAUGGAAAAGAAAACUUAUCAAGAAGUUUCGGACGACAGCUCAGUGUCGUUAUCGAAUGUCGAAGAUUUAAUUUCGAUGACAAGUAACUUAGACCGCAAUGAAGAUAGUAGGAACACUCAGAAAGAUUUUAAUAAAAUAGAAACGAUGUCCAAUUCUGAGGAUGAUUCGAGUAUACAUGACGAAACUUUGAGAAUCACCGAGAGAAAGGAACAACAAAAUAUGUCUCUGUUGUACAAUAAAAUUUCCGAAAACUACAGGAAAAAUUUCCCGGAAAAUUUUAAUAAGUACCAAAGUAGUGACUUAUCUUUACCAGAGAUUUACAAAGAACGCCUUCUGAUAAACAAAAACAAGGAAAGCAAUGUAUUUCUCGAAAUAUGGAAAUACAUCAAACCUAAAAGGAGGAAGAAAAAAAGCUACAACUGCAAGUUUACCGUGAACGAACUUUAUGACAAAAACGAAAACAGCCAUUUUACGAAAACCGUAGACAAUAAAUUAGAAACCUUAAAAACUAAACGUACGAACUUAGGUAAAAACAUAGCUCUGUACAAUACACUAAAUUCUAAAACGAAUUUGCACGAAGACACUAUUUAUGAGUGUUCUGAAGAAAACAGUAAUAACAACUCCCUUAACUAUGUCUACUUCAAUCCUAUAUACUCAUCUUCUACAGCACCAGCGAAAAAGUACUACGAUUUUCAUUCGAAUCACAGUCACGUCUGCAAUAACUUCGGUUUUGAUCGGAGGUUGGUGAAGUCGCAUCAGAAUGGAUUUUUACGAAACUCAGAUAAAAAUUCUUUGAAAACGAAAUUGAGAACUGAAAAAUAUGUGAUACGGCAUAUACGUGUGAGAGUAAUGCUCUCUAUGCGCUUAGGUAAAGUGCAGAAAGUGCAUAAAAAACCUGAACACAAUGUGAAUAGACGUCAAUUGCAUAGUGUGAACAAUGGUGAGAAAGAUGUGGCAGACGUCGAUAAGGAGAUGCAGAUGAGGAUCGCAAGGAUGCACGAAGAGCAGAAAAGGAUAGGAAAUGGGAAAACUUCUAUCAAAAUCCAAAACAUGAGGUAA